AUGGCUUUCAACUUCAACUGGUCGCCGCUGAUCGCGGAUACCUCGCGCGCACGCGAGAUGCUGACGGCCGCGCUGAACAAAUCGCCCAAGCCGCCCAUCAUCGUCGACGACAUCAUUGUCACGGAGCUGAACCUCGGAGCCGUUCCGCCCGAACUGGAGAUUCUUGAGAUAGGCGAUCUGGCUGAGGAUCGCUUUCGUGGAAUCUUCAAGAUGACCUACUCCGGCGACGCUUUCCUUACCCUGAAGACGCGCGUGCAAGCGAAUCCUUUGAACACCUACCUGUCGACAAAGCCGAACUUCGCAUCACCACAACCUCUCGCUGCCUCCACAGGCUUGACCAUCCCUCUACAAAUUACCCUCUCCGAUAUUCGCCUCUCUGGAUUCGUAAUCCUCGUCUUCUCCCGCCACAAAGGCCUCACUCUGGUCUUCCGAAACGACCCCCUCGAGUCGCUUAAAGUGUCUUCCACGUUCGAUACCAUACCUUUCGUGCGGGAUUACCUACAGAAGGAGAUUGAGAAACAACUACGCGUGUUGUUUAUGGAGGACCUUCCUGCGAUCCUGCACCGCCUGUCCUUGCGCUUGUGGUCCCCGGAGUACAGGGAAAUGGAUGAAAUGAUCAACAACGCAAAGCGCAGCGGAACCGACACUCCCGCUCCUGUAGACCCAUUCGCAAGCCCUCCACAGGACCCUGUCGACUUGUACGGCAACCCCCUUGACGAUGGUCAAAUAUCGUCCUUUUCCUUGGACUCGUCCUCCGAGCUUCAUGCGUCCUUCUCGCAGAAGAACCUGCUUCGGCUUGCUACACUCAACGACUCACACCGGACACUGUCUCUUUUCACUCCCUCGAUUCGCGACACAGUUUUCCGCGCUUGGGCAAGCAGCGCGGAUCGGGCCGAGACCUCAGGUGCACACACAUUCCACCCGCUCACCUCGUCGACUCUUUCGCGCGUGCAUUCUUCUUCUGGCGUCGCGUCGCCGAGCUCGGCCAGUGUUUCGGAUGGGACAGACAACGGAAGCACACUCUCGCGACCCACUCUCUCGAGCUCAAACUCUACAUACUCCGGGUUGGGUCUAGGAGGUGGCAGGUCGCGCGCGCACGCGCAGAGGAAGGCGAAGAGGAGAGUGGUCAAUCUGCGCCGCAACAAGAGUGCUGCAGACACAAACAGCGUUGGAACCGACAGCCCAACGCCAGAGCCGAGCGUGGGAGCCUCGGAGGGUUCGUCGGUCAUCCCUGAGGAAAGAGAGGAGGACCUCAUGACGCCCCCGACGACGCCUCCGCGCGAGUCCGGGCGACGCACCCGGGAAAACAGCAUGGAAAAGUCGCCAGCGCCAGCGACUGUCCCCUCCGCCGCGGCGUUGUCGAAGCUUCAGGAGAACGAACAGGACUGCGCAUCUACUGCCAACGCUCCGUCAUUUUCUCGCCCUCAAACCCAGCACUCGGCUGCGUCUUCGCUUCCGCUCCGGUCUUUCCCGAGAGACGUCAAGGCGCCUUUUGCGCACGCUUACAACCCAUCGGCGCCAUCCAACGCUCGACUCCAAGGCUCGGCGCUUCCGUACAGUGAGGCGGCGACGUCGGGUGGCAUCCUGGAGCAAGCGUGGAUGAUGAAGAUGGCCAAUGAGAUCGCGCGUAAGGUGCGCGACGAAAAGGAGCGCGAAGCCCGCGAAGGUAGCGGUAGCACCAAUCCGAUGACGGGUUUCUGGGACCGUCGCGAGGAAGAGCUGGGAGCACCACCGGCCUACGCGGCCUAA